ACAAAAGACUUUUUCAAGGAUAUCAAAUAGCAUCAUGCCAGCAUCAGAGUUCUCCUGGACCACAUCCCAGCAGCUGCCACCGUUCCAAGUCUACGCCUCGAAGAGAAAAUGUGACCAAGAUUGUUUCAUGGAGCAAGAUGAUGGUCAGUCCACCCAGAAGCGUCCAUGCCUCAUCCCACAAUCACAGGGGACACAGAGCGUACCUGAACAUCACAUGACACCAUUCCAGCAUGAGCAAAACCAGAUGCAGGCUGUGCGUUUUGACCAGGUUGACUCUCGCAAGCAAUCUCAACCCCAUGUUGUGCCGUCGCAGUCCUGGCCUGAUGUCCAUCUCCCCAUGUCUGAGAUCUGUGAACCGGCUGAGAUGAACAAUAAUUGUCUGGAUGUAAUGCCUAAUGCGAACACCACUAACUUAAUCAUGAACAUAAACGACGAAACCUACUCAACACAACCUCACCACCAGGAGCCUAAUGAACAACAAGUGUGUGCGAGUAUGGAGGACGACUUUGUUCCCGAUCAGAGACAGUACGAUCGUGACGGGGAGUUCUGUAAAGAAUAUUGCGGGUAUGGUAACGUGAGUCCCAACUCAGGCAAGGUGCGGUGCUAUUGUAAGCCGUCAUGGGAAGCCAUGCUGGAGGUGCGACCGUAUAUAUCAGAUUACUACUAGCGGAAAAAUGAAUUGUAAAAAUGUACAUAUUCUAAUUCUCGUGUUACUGGAUAAUGGGUAAAUCUGGUGAUGUGUAUUUAUCAGAGUGAAAGUGCAUAUGACUGGCCUCCCUUCAUUAUGAAGUGCCUCUUUAAACUCUGUGCCAUAAUCCCACAAGAAGGUCAUCAAGCGGAGUGUCGAUCAGAAGAUCCUUACCCUUGGCCAAACAUUAGCUUUAUUCAGGGAAACUGCCAUUCUUCAUAGGUGUUGCUCGCGGGGGUGGGGGGGGGGGGGCAAAUGCAGAUAUUGUUUAAUGAUCUGUUUCAUUUGGUGAAUUUUCUGCCGAUUACUUCAUCGAGUUUGAUGUAAAUUAGUAAACUCCAUCCAUUUUGAUGAAAAUUAUUCAUUGUUUAUAAUAUUAUGAAAAGGAAAUAAUUUUAAUUUGUUCCAUGGGUGUAUUAUCAUCCUUACCUAAUGUAUAUGUAAAUUUGAUAAGGUCGUCUUAAACCAGUAAUUGUAAUGUGAACUUCAUAAAUGGCUUCCAUCGUACCGGUCAUAAGCUUACAUGCACAGGGUGCCGAUUCAAAAUAACAUACCAGUUAUGGGUGGCCGGAAAUGACAAAACAGACUUGCUUGAAUCCUAUGUGGCUGGUGGAAUUGAGUGACGAGACGAAUGCACUGCAAGAUGUGCCUCUCUACACUCUAAAUUCGUCUGACAAAGGAUUCUGGAGUGUCCUUUGUCCAUUUCCGGCUGCCGCAGCAGUUUUAUAAGAAUUUGAAUAGCCACAAUGAUGAAGCCAUUUAGUGUCAACUUAAGUUGUUUGUAGUGCGUGAAAGUGCUUUGUAUUUAUUAAUUACUGCCUUCUUUUUCUCAUCACUCUGUUUAUUUUGACAGGAGUGACAUCAAUGGCAUUUUAUUAUUGUUUGUUUUGUAGUAUUUUAUGUGUUUUGUUAGAAUGUUUAGGUGUGUUUGUAGUUUUCAAAUUUAAAUGGAAGUAUAUUAUGUUAAGGUACAUUAUGUUAGUUAAUGUAACAGGAUCUCGUAAGUCUCUGGUUUAAAUCAAAACAAUUCAUGAUAAGUCUGUACACAAAGGUCAACUUUUUUUUAAAGUUUACCCUUUACCCUUUUUAGCCCUUUUUUGCCCUUUUUUACAGUCCUGAUUUCAUUAGAAUGAAUUCUAAUAUAGUUAUUUUCAUUCAAUCAUUGGGAUAGGACGUCGGCCAAUAUUUGGUGACAUUUUAUAGAACCAGUUAAAAUUUUAUGGUUAACAGUAUUUUCAUGGAUCUCAUUUAAAAUUCUCCGGUGUUCACCCAAACUGUAUGAAGAAACUUGUAAGGUGGACAAAAUAAAUUUUAUUU